AUGAUCAAGCUGGUGGUAGAAGUUGUGGAUGCAAGCGACCUCAUGCCCAAAGAUGGGGAAGGGUCAGCUAACCCCUUUGUAGAGGUAAAGUUUGAUGAGCAGCAGCAAAGUACUGAGACAAAGCACAAAGAACUGAAUCCUUAUUGGAACGAGAAGCUAGUGUUCGACCUCGAUAACCCCAGAGAUCUUGCUCACAAGACAAUUGAAGUGGUUGUAUACAACCACAAUGAUCGGAACCAUAACAACUUCCUUGGAAGGGUGAGACUUUCAGGCGCUUCUAUCCCUCUAUCGGAGUCCCAGGCCCGUGUGGAACGCUACCCACUUGAGAAACGUGGCCUCUUUUCCAACAUCAGGGGAGAUAUUGCUCUCAAGUGUUAUGCACUGCAUGAUCAUCUUCCUUCUCAUCCUCCCCCACAACCCCAAGACACCAGUAGUGAUCCUCCUCCUGCUGCUGAACAGCAUCACCAUCACCAUCACCCUCACCAUCACGAGGAGGAGGAUCAGGGCCCUCCCUUGCAAGAAAUAAACCCCAACAUGGUGGCAGACGAGGAAAGUGUGGUUGGUGACGGGGAGGAGAAGAAGAAGAAGAUGAAAAAGAAAGAAAAGGAAGUGAGGACUUUUCACUCUAUACCAGCUGCUGCUGCAGCAGCCAAGGCCCAGGCAGCAGUGGAAACGGUGAGGAGGGCUGACUUUGCAAAGGCUGGACCACCGAAUGCGAUGUUAAUGCAGAUCCCAAAGCAAAACCCCGAUUACGGACUAGUGGAGACAACUCCACCACUGGCGGCUCGUUUGCGCUACAGAGGAGGGGACAAGAUAUCAACCACCUACGACUUGGUGGAACAGAUGCAGUACUUGUACGUGAAUGUGGUGAAGGCAAGGGAUCUUCCCGUGAUGGAUUUCACGGGAAGCCUUGACCCUUAUGUGGAAGUCAAGCUUGGUAACUACAAGGGCCUCACCAAGCACUUGGAGAAGAAUCAGAACCCCGUUUGGAAGCAAAUCUUUGCCUUCUCCAAGGAGAGGUUGCAAUCAAAUUUACUUGAAGUGACGGUGAAGGACAAGGACAUUGGGAAAGAUGAUUUUGUGGGGAGAGUUAUGUUUGAUCUGACUGAAGUUCCUCUUCGGGUGCCCCCAGACAGCCCCUUGGCUCCUCAGUGGUACAGAUUGGAGGACAAGAAGGGCCAGAAAGUGAACAACAAUGGCGAAAUCAUGCUUGCAGUUUGGAUGGGAACACAGGCCGAUGAGUCCUUCCCGGAGGCCUGGCACUCCGACGCUCAUAACGUCAGUCACUCCAACCUUGCAAAUACCCGUUCAAAGGUAUAUUUCUCACCCAAGCUUUUCUAUCUUAGAGUUCAAGUCAUCGAAGCUCAGGAUCUUGUUCCCUCCGAUAAAGGAAGAGCCCCGGACGCUGUUGUUAGAGUACAGCUAGGGAACCGGACGAGACUCACCAGGCCUUCUCAAAUGAGAAGCACCAACCCAGUUUGGAACGACGAGCUUAUGUUUGUGGCUGCGGAGCCAUUUGAGGAUUUCAUCAUUGUGACUGUGGAGGACAAAGUAGGUCCUAGUGCUGAAAUCUUAGGAAGGGAGAUCAUAUCAGUGAGAAGUGUUCCACCCAGACACGAGACCAGCAAGCUCCCUGAUUCUCGUUGGUUCAAUUUGCACAGGCCCAGUGCGGUUGGUGAGGAAGAAACGGAGAAAAAGAAGGAGAAAUUCUCAAGCAAGAUUCACCUGCGAAUGUGUCUGGAGGCCGGGUACCAUGUGCUUGAUGAGUCCACGCAUUUCAGCAGUGAUCUUCAGCCAUCGUCCAAACAUUUGAGGAAGAAAAACAUUGGCAUUCUCGAACUUGGUAUACUGAGUGCCCGCAAUUUGCUGCCCCUGAAGGCCAGGGACGGUAGGACCACCGAUGCAUACUGCGUGGCCAAGUAUGGCAACAAAUGGGUUCGAACCAGAACUCUGCUUGACACUCUCUCCCCUCGAUGGAAUGAGCAAUAUACCUGGGAGGUGUAUGAUCCAUGCACUGUCAUCACAAUUGGGGUUUUUGACAAUCACCACAUUAAUGGGAGCAAUGAUUCAGAAGACCAGAGAAUUGGAAAGGUAAGAAUCCGGUUAUCAACUCUGGAAACUGAUAGAGUGUAUACUCAUUUUUAUCCUCUGCUGGUCCUUCAACCCAAUGGCCUGAAGAAGAACGGAGAGCUUCACUUGGCAGUGAGAUUCACAUGCACGGCUUGGGUUAAUAUAGUAGCCCAGUAUGGCAGGCCUUUGCUUCCCAAAAUGCAUUAUGUCCAACCCAUACCUGUUAGGCACAUAGACUUGCUCCGCCACCAGGCCAUGCAGAUUGUUGCAGCUCGCCUAUCUAGAGCUGAGCCACCCCUCAGGAGUGAAACGGUUGAGUAUAUGCUUGAUGUGGAUUACCAUAUGUGGAGUCUAAGGAGAAGCAAAGCCAAUUUUCAUCGAAUAAUGUCACUCCUCAGAGGAGUUACAGCUGUUUGCAAAUGGUUUGAUGACAUCUGCACUUGGAGAAACCCAGUCACAACCUGCCUUGUUCACGUCUUGUUUUUGAUACUGGUUUGCUACCCGGAACUGAUAUUGCCCACCAUUUUUCUUUACUUGUUUGUAAUUGGGAUUUGGAAUUACCGGUUCAGGCCAAGGCAGCCACCCCACAUGGAUCCUAGGUUGUCACAGGCAGAAACUGUCCACCCAGAUGAACUGGACGAGGAAUUUGACACUUUUCCAUCUAGAAAGCCUUCAGAUAUUGUGAGAAUGAGGUAUGACAGAUUACGGAGUGUGGCAGGGAGAGUACAGACAGUGGUUGGAGAUUUGGCUACUCAAGGAGAAAGAGCUCAAGCCAUACUCAAUUGGAGAGACUCCAGGGCUACAUCUAUCUUCAUCAUCUUCUCACUCAUAUGGGCCGUAUUCAUUUACAUUACUCCCUUCCAAGUAAUCGCAAUUAUCGUAGGCCUAUAUAUGCUACGUCACCCUCGGUUUAGGAGCAAGAUGCCAUCAGUACCGAUUAAUUUCUUCAAGAGAUUGCCAUCAAGAUCAGACACGCUGAUAUGA